AAGAAUAACCUUCCAAAAGAGACAUUAAUAAUAAUUUGUAAAAGGAGAAGAGGAAGCAGCAACAUCGUGUUCUUGAUGAGGACACCAGCUGCCACUUUCAGAUUCCUCUUGAAGUAGGUUUCAUCAUCACAGCGCAUUAACCUCACAAGCAACGUCUAGUUUACUUACAUUUGCUGUAUAUUUGAUCUGUUAUGGAGGUGAAGGUGAAUAAAUGAUUAGUUUACAAGAAUGUCAUAUAUGCACAGAAACUAACUGCUGCACUUUGAGGAAUCAGAUAUUGUUGGAAGGACAACAAGUUCGUUCUUUUCUUAUGCGAGAAAAUGCCAAAUACCUUUGCAUAUAUAAUAUUAUUUUUCAGUGAGACACGUCAGUUUUAUUCUGAAGGCAAAACAGUCAACUUCCGGUUUUUCUUGUUCUAACGGAUCCAACUUGCCUUGUGCGGAGGUAUUGAAAUCCACACAUUUGGCUUUUAGUCGUUUUAUUUUAGUUGCAAGCUUUUGUCCUGUAAGGUCAAUUAUUUGGAAGUAUACGAGCAGCCACAUAUUCCAAGCAGCACAGUACUACACUACCCUGAAUGAUGUAGUAUUUGGCUACUCUACCCCUUGAAUACAACAGAUACACAUCCACACACCACAAUCAGUGAGCCGGGCAGGGAUUGCAUGUAGAUUGUACUACAUUAAAGUACUGUAUGGAGUACAGUCAGCACAGAGGCUAAAGGCGUCGUCCCUUCUUCCGGGCGCAACCUGCAGCCUCCACCAGCUCCACCUGCUCCAUAAUGACCGAGCAGGAGGGGGGCAGCACCGACCACCCGGCCUGAGCUCCACCACUGCACCGCUCCGCCACCUGCUGGUGCAGCAACAGCCCAUCUGAGUAGUUCCAGGGAGCAGCUGCUCACAUGAGAACGGAAACGUUAUCGAUGCACAUCAACGGCCUUCACGAUACGCGUUUUGUGCAUCUUGAUGUAAAACGUUGCAGUCAAUGUUACUUUGCUUUAUGUACUUCAUGCUGUUACAUGAUAUAUGUUUAUGUUUUAAAAGAUAGAUAUUGACAGCAUGUCGGUUACACCUCAAAACCUUUUUUUUAACACGCUGGUGUUAAUCAUUUCUAGGGGUUUUAUCAUUAAUACCAGCGUUUCUCCGUUUCAAUGACAUGGUGGUUACAGGUAUGUUUGGGAUGUUUCUCUAUAGUGAUCCAGCGCUUGACGUGACUACAUUUCAAUUUGGCUUCCAUUCAAAUUUGAUUUUGAAUGUUACACAAAUACAUUUAUUUUACAUAUUGACUUUGAUUAGGCGCGUGUCCGUUUGCAAAUCCACUUUUUUAAAGGCAUUUAAAGACCUACAAUCCAAGUGCUCUUAUUUAUAACCAUCACAACUACAUCGUCUACAAUAAUUAAGGACGUUUGGAGAAAAUGAAAUACAGUAUUAAAGCAGCCUUCGCUAUGGAAGACAUUCACUUGUUUAGUGUCCUUUUAUCUAGGACCAUGGAGACAGGCUUUGUGGGCGGGACCCUCCGCUCUCCGCCAAUCAGAGGCGCGCUUCUUGGGCCGCGGUGCCCACUGGGAUGAUUGACAGGCUCAACCAGGUUCUCCGGUUCUGUUUUUAUUGUGGUUCUUACCGGUAGCAGCAUGUUUCUGCAUCGUGAGUGUGGGUCGGUAUCUGUAAUUCGGCGUGUGAUCAGAUCUUGAACGUAACUCGCGUAGACACGAUCGCGUCAUCGGUCUGAAAGGGUUUGGUUUCAAAAUAAAGGGCAUACUAAUGAGGUGAUGACAUUUCAAAGCGAAAAUGAUCUAAACAGUCAUGUUUUUGAGAGCGCGUGGGUUCCCGGCGGUAGUGUCACUCAUUUAGGUGUCACCUCCGUGUCUGAAGCUCCACGGGUGCAGCAAAAACAAUAACUCAAGGCGUUAUUUUGAAAACCUACGCCGGAAGUCGUUUGUUUAUUGGGGCUAGCUGAAGAUGCUACACUGACCGGCUCUUUCUUACUGUAAGUAACCGUGUUUUUUGGGGGAGCACGUCUCUCUGUAAAGUGAGUUUUUGGACAGUUUGUCCAGCGCAACCAAGCUCUUUCCGUCGUUGACGAGCGUCGGCCGGUUCGUCCUUAAAUCGAGCUGCGCCUCCUUUCCGCUGCUGGCCGGAAGUAACGAGGACGCGGGGGACCGCUUCGUGUUGCGCGCGCAUCUUUGGAUCUCAACAACGGGAACCCGCCUCGACGGUGCGCAUCAGGACGUGACGUCACUUACGGUUGACGGUUUGUGUCUUCCAGCUGACGGACCCGCGUACUGUCGCAAGCACGGGGGGGACAGAAAGGGAGGACAGAAGGGGGGACAGAAGGGCCCUGCGCGCGAGGACACGUCUGCGUCAGAGGAUGCCCGCGUGAGGAAGCGUGAUGGCUGAUGGGAAACCGAGUCCUGCGUUUGGGCCCCGGCGGAUCAGUGAGUCCUCCAAGGUGUUCCACUGGGCGGACCAAGCCGCCGAGGCGCUGCGGGGCCUCGACGAGCAGCGGCGCCGCGGCCAGUUCUGCGAUGUGGUGCUGGUGGCGGACAACCGGCGGGUCCCCGCCCACCGGGCCCUGCUGGCCGUGUCCAGCCCGUACUUCCACGCCAUGUUCACCUUGGGCAUGAGGGAGGAACGCCAGCAGGAGGUUGAGCUGGUCGGGAUGUCCUACGUCGGUCUGAACGCCGUCGUGGACUUCCUGUACAGCGGCGAGCUGCCAUUGGAUGGAGGAAACAUCGACCGUGUGCUGGAAGCUUCCCACCUUCUGCAGGUGAGACGCUGUUCAGCCCAAAGGGGCUGGCACUGCAUGGCCUCCCCCAACCACCUCAUCUACGCCAUCGGGGGCAGCGACGACCACGAGGACACGGCGGAGCGCUUCGACAUCCUCCACGUGGAGUCCUACGAGCCGCGCGGCGGCGGCCAGUGGACCCGGGUGGCGCCGCUGCUGCUGCCCAGCAGCGAGGCGGGGCUCGCCGUGUGGGCGGGGAGGAUCUACGUGCUCGGGGGCUACAGCUGGGAGAGCAUGGCGUUCUCCAGGGCCUCCCAGGUGUACGACCCCGACGAGGGCUCGUGGUCCAGGGGGCCCGACCUGCCGAAGUGCGUCGCGGGGGCCUCGGCGUGCGUGUGCGCGGUGAGACCCUCGCCGGCGGCGGAGACCAAGGAGAGGGGACGCGGGCCGAAAGGGGGAUCAAACCCCACGUAGCAGCGUCGCACUCGACGAGGUCAUCGGGCUGCGACCUGUUCUGGCUGGGAGAAGAGCUCGCUUUCGUUUAUAAAUCUGCUCGACCUGCAGCGGAGACACGUGGGACCGCCGGGGGGAGACGAACGUCUGUCCCGUCCACGUCUGCCGGAGCCGAGUGACGGAAAAUAAGACUCAAAUGCAAAUGACGUGUCGGCGCCACGGCGUCUUUAACAUGCAAAGAAGAAACAUCACAUCCGUAACUUGUGUUGAAAUGUGUUUUUGUGUGUGUGAACAGAUCAAGUUUGGCCUAAAAUUCUUAUUUCUGUAUUAUAUUUAAUAAAAAACAGCAGGUGUUGA